UCUGUAGCUGUUCUGUGCUUGGAAGCUAAUUUAAGUCUUUUUACCUUUGCGAAGAACUUGCGAGUUGGAAAUAGAAAGUACAACGUUUGCUCUGUGCGCUCCCAAGCUACGAGAUCUAGUCGAGAACAAAUCUCCAAUUGUAGUUCCUGCUUACACUAUGAUAAAUGUAAAAAAGGACACCAAUCUUAAGUUGUAUCUGCAAAACUGUUUGAAGAAGUGGAAGCAACUGUUUAGUCGCUACUUUAAAAAAAUUGUCAAGGAUUGGGAGCCUAAGCUUAUACUUUGCAUGCUGAUAACGGCCGGUGAAUAUGCUCGAUUAUAUCGGUAUGAAGACUGCGAGGCUGAAAUAUGGACAUUGGCAUACAAGUUGGCAUUAGAAAUAAACGAUCGUACAAUUAUUUAUACCACGAGUCGUUGUAUAUCAUUGAGACAAAUCGAUUACGAUUGGAUUACCACUGCCAAGGAACAUGUUGUGAAGUACAGAGAUUCCAAGGACGAAGAUGUAAUUGCUACCAUUUCUACCUUUUGGAUAAGUUUAGCAGACAUCUAUUUUGAAUGUGGAAAGGUAAGAAACUACAAAUGUAACCUGAAACGUGCAAAUAUUUUAUCUAAAAUAUAACAUACAACAGCUUUAACAUGGAUGCAAUUGUUAAAUUAUUAAAUUAUUACGUCAGUACAACACCCAGUCAGGUUACUAAGAGAUAGGUUAAGAACGACACACACAACAAGUCUUCAUUAAAUAAAAUGUUUAAAAUUUGCUGAAACUGUUUCUUUUUCAAAGUAGAAUCCGUAUUGGUUACACCGGUGAUUGCAGGGACUGCCACCCAUUAAGC